GUUUGCACAAUCCAAGCCAACCAGGGCAACCAUCCAGCAUGGCCCUCUCACUCUCGUUCUUGCUGCUUCCCUCGCUUUUGUUUUUGACCCAGCUGUCCUCCUUCGUUUCUGCUGCCCCGUGGAUUGUCACCGAGGACUUCCAAGAAGUGAUCACUACGGAGACAUACUACCACCAAACCAUCACCACCACGCUCGUUGAACAAAUCACUCCCACUGCCAGCUCCAUCCCGGAGGCCAUCUCAACCGCCACCUCUACAGGCACCUCCAAUUAUGACUACUACUAUUAUGACAACUCGAAGGAUGUGACCAUCGUUCAACAGCUCUACCCUACUGGUGUUGGAUCCGUGGUUGACGAGUACGACUAUGGCUAUGGCUACUACGACGACGAUGACGACGAUGCCUAUCACAGCACUGUUUUUGCGGUCAACAUCACCUACACUGCGCCGACUGGAUGCUCGUCGCAGUGGACACGGACCUCGGCAGUGAGGGUCACUCCUCCCAGUAAGGUGCAAGACCUCCUCCCACGCACUGCGGUGACAACUUCCUUCUCCGUCGAUUCCAGUCGGCCCUUCCAGCCAACAACCUACACCAUCGACAUCGUCUACGUCGAUCCCACCCAGGUCCCCAGCAGUACCCUUUCGUCAUUAAGUACAUACAACCGGCCUACUUCGUUGUAUACCGGUGCGGGAUGCACCUACACCGGCCCAAGUGGCGGCAACACCAACCCCGGGAAUUAUGGCUACCCGACGUAUGGCAGCAAUGGCGGCUAUACCUACUAUGACUAUGGCUAUGGCGAGGAGAGCUGGUUCCUUGACAGUUAUCCGAUGGGUAUUUCUCCUUUGGCUCUCACCCUCAUUCUGAGCAUUGGCUGGAUUGGCCUGUUCUUGAUUCUCGGCUUUAUCGAAGCCUGGGUCCGGUUCCGCCGCCUGAUGCUGGGCUGGCAAACCCGUCGUGGUCUGCCUGUCUGCUGGUCGCUUACUAUUAUGCCCAUCACCCUGUUGUUACUGUGCUUCUUCCGGAAAGGCUACCGUUCACGCUCCCAGGCCGAUGGCGAGGUCCUGAGAAAACGGUGGAAUGCCAUGAGCUUCUGGACCAAACUUCGUCUGUAUUUUGUCUGGGGAUUCCGAUUCAAGUACCCGCCAAUGCUGGGACCGGCACCUGCCCGCGUCAAGACCAGCAAACAACCCGAGAAGCACCCGGGUCCCCGGCUCUUAGAGCCGAGUCCUGCGUCCAGUGUGGCGCCGCAGUCACGGCAGGGGUCAUCUGCUGCCCCAGCUGCAGCAGCGGAUCCGGAAAUGGCGAUGGUGCCUCCAGUGACGGUGGAUCAGCCCCAUGACCGUUCUCAGGAGCAUUCUGAGGAAGGUUCUCAAGAGCACCAUCAGGAGAAUCCUCAGGACCAUCCUCAGGAGCAGCCCCAGGAGCAGCCCCAUGUGGCGGAUGUCACCGCACCCACCGCGACGGGAGCCCUUCCACCUCCCCAUGUCCACGAGACUGGUCAGGCCAAGUGAUCGAUCUUUGCAGAGUAGUUGGUAGUGCCUACAGACAAUGCUGUUGCCAUCGUAUCGACGAAUGCCUAUCCAGACCAAAUCGUUCACCUUUCACAUCAUAAUUAUAACCCCUGAUGAGAAUAUGCCCCCCGUUGGUUACGAGAUCCCUCAAAUACAGGGAAUCCUUACUUAAUGUUAAUUGAUUCCAUUGGUUGA